AACAUUUUUCCAGAAACAGAAAAAAACGAACUCAGAAAAAAAGAAGGAAAAAACGAAAAAAAAGGAGAAUGGGGGCAGAAAAACCAUCUCCACAGCUCGCUCUGCUUUGUUAGCUGUUGCCAUUUUCACAUCCUUCUCCUUGUCUCCUACGAAUUACCCAAAGGAAUUCCAAGUGGCAUCUCCUCAGUGUGUGAAAUUGCUACGAGCUAAUGCCCUUCUUUUCCAGGCGAAGCAUCUUAAACUCUUGUCAGUCUUUCACUCACCAUUUUUGAGUACCCAGUUUUUGGAAGCUUAAUAAGUUAUGGUAGUUUCAUUGGCAGGGGUAGGGUGAGUUUUUAGAGGAUAGGGAAAGAGGGAAGUUAAAGAUUAUAAUGGGAUCAACACCCAAACAACCGUUCUUUUGCUUAAAAUGGCCAUGGGACGUAGACCCCAAAAAUCCCUUUGACUGUUCGUUUGAGGGUCCUUGGCUGUUCAAAUCGCUGCAAAAUGUGGGUACCUUUGCUUUCAAUUUUGUAAAUAAAGUUUCAAAAUCGUCGCCUCCAUGGAUCAAUACUUUUAAGCCAUUGCAACUCGAUGCCUCAACUGGUGGAAAUAAUAUUUCUCAGUCUAGAAAAAUGUUAACUCCUGAAGAGCAAGGGGAAGCAGAAAAUAGAGCAUUUGCAGCAGCAUUAGCCAGUGGGAAAGAAGCCACCGUGAUCGAGUUCUACUCACCGAAAUGUUUCCUUUGCAAUUCCUUGCUUAAUACUGUUAUGGAGAUGGAAGCAAGGAAUUCAGAUUGGCUUAAUAUUGUGAUGGCAGAUGCAGAGAAUUAUAAAUGGCUGCCUGAGGUUCUUCAUUAUGACAUCAGAUACGUUCCUUGCUUCGUGUUGCUGGACAAACACGGCAAGGCGCUUGCAAAGACGGGUAUUCCUAGCAGUCGGCUUCUUGUAAUUGCAGGACUUUCUCAUCUUAUCAAACUGAAAGCACCGAAGAACACUCCCUGAAUCAGAUAAUAAGCCACCAUGUUGAACAAAUGGAUUUUGGUAAGAAUUGUAGUUACUUUCAAAGCAGAGCUUGUUCUCUGGCUACACAUCUUUUGAAAUUGCACAUCACAGUUUACAUUUGGGAAUUUGAUGUGUGGCCUCUGGUUCAAAUGGUGUGUUCACCAGCCAGCUGAAACUCUAAUUUCACUUACCAAGACAUCUAGGGGCAAAUCUUUGGGUGAGUUCAGCA